CGCCAAUUGAGUAAUUCCAUUCUGCCCCUCUUUCUAUUACCUUCCACGGCAUCGCCAGAGUCAACCGUACGUUGGUGAUCUCAGUCGACUCAUCGAAUUCUGUCGAUAAUGAUCGCCUCCAAGGGUGCAGUUGUUCUGUGGUUCCUCACUUAUUCGUUUUAUUUAUCGUCGAGUCGCAUCGUUCCUCAAAAUACGUCUCUGUCUCACGAUUUCCACGAGAAGCGCGUCAAUUAUAUGUACAAAUGGCCGAACGGUUCAAGUAUAACUUGGCACCCUGAGAGAAGUCUGGCCUCCCAGAAUCGGAAGACAGUCGACUGCUUGGGCAUCGGGGAUGUGGCAGCCGCAGGACUGGAGUGGUUCUUCAAGAAGAAUACCUCAGACUCGGUGGACGUCCGGUUCUUCUUGUCCUCGAGUAGACGUCCCCAUCGGGUCCGUGUCCUAGUGGGCCCACAAUUCGGCCUAGAGUGGACGGAUUUUUCGGUCCAAAGGAGAACUGUCAUCAUUGUUCAUGGAUUUCUGUCUCACGGAGGAGAAGACUGGAUCCGUGAAAUGGAGGAAGCGUUUCAUGCGUGGGGGGAUGUGAACGUUGUCGUUGUGGACUGGAGUGCGCAUGGAAAUACCUGGAACUACUACAGUGCUGCAGUAAACGCGCGGAUCGUGGGCCAUCAAAUAUCAAGGCUUUUAUCGCAUAUUGUCAACACAACUCGUGAAUCGACACCUGAUGAAACGUCGUGGGGCCCCAUUCACAUGGUGGGGCACAGUCUGGGGGCCCACAUAUGCGGUAUUACUGCCAAUCAUUUCAGGAUGCUCCCGACCUCCUGGAAAAUCCGGAGAAUUACAGGACUGGAUCCAGCGCAACCCUGUUUCAAAUACAGCGAUUUAUCCCUUAAUAAGAGUCACGCACCACUUGUUGAUAUCAUUCACACCAACGGCAAGUGGUUCUCCAGCAUUGGUCUUGGGUUACCAGGGCCGAUAGGUCACAUGGAUUUUUAUCCGAACGGCGGAAAGCGUCAGCCAGCUUGUAUAAAAAUCGAAGCGUCCUCGUUCGAUUACCUUGGAAUCCCAAAAAGCGCUGUCGAACAAGCGAUAUGCAGUCACGGAUUCUCUCACGCGUAUUUCACCGAGUCAGUUCGGUCAGCGGCUUCAAAAAAUUGUAGCUUUUGUGGCCGCAGUUGGGAUCUCACCUAUAGACAUGCUCAGCAGAUCAUUAAUGAGACCACUAAUCCACCGAACAUUUGUGUGGAAAUGGGUUUGAAAGCAGAAAAUGCCUCUCUAAGAGGAACCUUCUUCGUCAUGACGUCCAGUACUACUCCAUUUUGCGAUGUGAACUUCGGGGACCACACUGAAACACUACAACAUUUGCGAGAAGAUUUCAUCGAUGAAAUUCGAGAUUGAAAGACGAACUCUGAAUGUUUCUGAACUUCAUAUAAUUAUUUUAAUAUGUUAAGAGUGUAUUGUAUUAUAUCGUUUUAUGGAGCGUUAAACUAAUGAUCCGCCGGUUUUAUUUAUCCCCUGAAAUACCUAACGUUAGAUUAUA